AUGUACAAAAUAACGAAAACAAGUAGAAAAUAUGGACUGGAUAUAAACACCAGCAAAUUCAAGUUAAUGAUCAUCAGCAAAGAAAAUAUAACUAGAGCAAAUUGUAAUGUAAACCAAAUAAGAAUUGAACGAGUCUCAGAAUAGAAUUACUUGGAAACUAUAAUCAAUGAGUCGUGGGACAAUACCCAAGAGAUUUAAUGUCGCAUCUGAAAGGCAAAGAGUGCUUUCUUGAAUAUGAGUUCUGUGUUCAAGAGCCAUGACCUCACAUUAGAAACAAAAAUAAGGCUCCUUAAAUGUUAUGUGUACUCAAUGCUUCUGUACGGAGUAGAAACGUGGAAAUUAAAGGCGAAAACUCUAUCAAAACUUCAGUAUUUUGAGCUAUGUUCAUACAGAAGGAUCUUGAAGAUACCAUGGACAGACAAAGUCACCAAUGAACAGGUAUUGCAGAGAAUAAACACAACUGUGGAUUUGGUCAACAUCGUGAAGGACCUUAAGCUGCAGUACUUGGGCCAUAUAAUGAAAAAACAAGGCAGAUAUGAGAUACUUAAAUGCAUUUUACAAAGUAAAAUUGAAGGAAAAAGGGCCCCAGGACGAAGAAGAAUAUCCUGGCUUGCUAACCUGAGAGCAGGGUAUAGAAAGACCUCACCACAGUUAUUUCGUAUAGCAACCAACAAAGUCAUCAUAGCCAGAAUGAUCGCCAACGCUCGAAACGGACGGGCACCUUAA